CCACAUACCCUAAACCCCCCACUCCUGGGAUUUCCAUCCACCACUAUGUCCCCAGACUAUAACAUAAUGUACCCAGCCUGUCCUCUACUCCUGUCCUAUUUCCACUUUUCUAUCACCCUGACCCCACCAAGAGACACCUACACAUGAGGACAAGACCUGCCCUCGCUUCCUGUCCCUUCAUCCGAAGAGCCACCAGCCAGGGGACAGGUGGCCACAGCAGCGAGUGACAGCCAGUGCCCAUGGCCGGGGACACCGGGAUGGCCGGGAAGGUGGCGCUGCUCCUGUGGGCCCAGACCCUCGGCCUCGCUGGUGCCCAGAGCACCCAGCUCCUGGUGGAGCCCCCCUGGACGCCGGCGGUGCUGUGGGACCGGGUGACACUGACCUGCCAGGGCUCGGGGACCGCCGGUGCCACCACCUGGUACAAGGAUGGGCUGCGCUGGUGGCAGGAGGGACAUGACAGCUUCAGUGUCACCGAGAACGGCACCUACCAGUGUGAGAGACCCGGCAGUGGGAUCAGCUCCCCCGUUGUGGUGUCAAAUGAGCCGCUGGUGCUGCAGGUGCCAGCACGGGCACUGCUGGAGGGGGACACGGUGACACUGCGCUGCCGGGGCAGGCAGGACAGCCCUGUCACCAAGGUGCGAUUUUACAAGGACGAGUGGGAUCUGGGGGAGUCCCUCGGGGGCACCGAGCUGUCCCUCUCCCCGCUGGAGCUGCACAACAGCGGCCGAUACCGCUGCGGGGGCUUGGUGGCCUCAGGAAUGUCACUGUCAGCACCGGUGACAGUAACAGUGCACGAGCUCAAGCCUGUCUUGGUGCUGGAGGGUCCCCCCGAGCUCACCGAGGGGUCCCCCCUCAAUCUCAGCUGCCUCAGCACCCCCAGCCCCCUGCGGCCCCCAGCCCCCCUCCUGUACCGCUUCUACCGGGACGGGCAGUCGGUGGGGGGCCCGCAGGGGUCCCCGCAGCUCCUGGUGCCCGCCGUGGGGGUCUCCCACUCGGGGAAUUACAGCUGCGAGGUGCGCUCCGAGGGGGGGGCCGUGCGGAAGAGCAGCGCCCGGCUCGGCGUCACGGUGCGCAUGCCCGUGGCCAAUGCCACCAUCACCCCCGGUCCCCCGGCACUCCAGGUGCACCCAGGUGACCCCGUGACCCUGCGCUGCUCGGUGCAGGUGGGCUCAGCCCCUGUCACCUUCACCUGGCUGCAUGAUGGGCACGAGGUUGGCCCAGGGUCCCCUCCUGGAGCUUGGGGCCAUCGAUGUGGGACAUUCGGGCACCUACCAGUGCGUGGCCACCAACCAGCUGGGACAGGACGGGCACCGCGUGUUCCAGGCACUCAGCCCAGAGCUGGCCCUGGAGGUGACACCACAGGGAACCACUGGACACCACUGGAGCACAGUGGCUGUGAAUGUUGGCAGGACCCUCUUGUACCUGCUCCUGCUCCUGGCUGUCAUCGGGGGCUGUCGCUGGUGGCACCACCAGGCUUUCAGGAAGCCCCAGGACAGGAAUCCCCUGGAGGAGGGGGAAGUAUUGGACCCCCACAUCGUGGGCACUGAGAUGGCAAGGUGUGAGUAUGGGUUUGGGGACAGAGACAUGUCACCCAUGGGUGUCACCGUCACCCAGGUCCCCAAGCCCUGUGUCUUGCCCAGGGCCCCCCCGUUACAUUCCCCAGGUGACCCUUGCAGAGCUGCUGGGACCCCACGGGUGACAGAGGGACCCCAGUGACAUCUGCAACGGCGUGCUGUGACACUGGGGACACUGGGGGCACUGGAGGUCCCUGCCCCAGGGCACCCCCCUGUGUACCUACCCCCUCUGGCUCCAUGGGUGCCCACUGUAGCAAUGUGUUUGAACAGCUUAGGCCACAGUGUCCUCCAGCCAAACCAUUUUUAGGUAUUCUUAUCAUUCACUCUGGAAUUUGUCAAGGCUCCUGAAACAUAAAUUGUGAUAAAUUGGGAAAGAAGAAGCUGAAAAACAGAAUACCAAGACUGCAAAAACUGAGAUAAAGAAGGGCCUGGAAGCACUGGACUGUAAGCAAUCAUAUUUCCUGAGAGGUGCGAGCAGAGCGCGUGGACAAGACAGAGGCACCAAUCAAGUACUGUGUGAUCCCGUGGACAGUAGUUUUGGAAUGUAUCAGUAGAGGAUAAUGUAAACAAUAAAGAGGUUUCUGCUUAAUCACACUGGUUAGUUGUUCAGAAGUCCUGAGAUCCUGCAUGUUGGUGACUCCACGACAUGAUUAACACCGUGAUAACGAAGCAGAGCAUCGCACCCUUUGGACUCUGCAGAGCCCUGUGGAGUGAACAGGGGAGGCCCGGGUGGAGACCGGCGCUGCAGGACCGCGCUGGGGGAGUCGGGGGCGGCUCCAAGGAGUACGGGAGAAAGAAAUGUCCCGGGAAAAAGGCUCCGGAAAAAUUAUGUGCCCUGCAGCAGGGACACGGGGAAAGGUGAGCAGCUGGGGCUGGAAGGAUGGGAAAGGCACUGCCAAAAGAACAGGCCACGCUGAAUGUCCUCCAGCUUAUUCUCUCUGAGAGAGCAGUGAAGUAUGACCUGGAGCUGUUAAAAAGACUCUUGUGAUGGGGUCAGGAAAGAGGAUUUUUUGCCGCGCCCAGGAGUGUUUUUGAAACCCUGGAGUGGGAAAGGCUGGGAAUAACGCUCUGGGGUGCCAUAAUCAUGGGUCGAAAGAAACCAAAGACUUAGAAACAGAAUAUACAAAGUAGCCAAAGGCUACGGCUACGGCCGUUAGAUGGCAAGAAACAAGUAAAAGGUUACAAAUUGGAAAAUAUAUCGCGCCGUUGAGCGUAGGAGCAUGAACGAGUUGUGGGGACAGCGGUCUCAAGAGCCAUGGUGAGGGAACAACCGAGAGCCGGAAACAAAAAAAAACAAAAACAAGAAAAAAAAAAAGAAAAAAAAAAAAAAUUGUGCCCGAGGAGACGCGGGGCACGGUCUGGAGAAUUAGGGAACAUAUGAGCAAAGCAGCGGUGGAACCGCGGUCUGGAUUCGUGGGGGGAUACGGCCAGCGAGCCGGGGAGACAGCGGCCACAGAGCAUGACAUGGUAGCCACAAAAUCGCUACCGACAUGGUAUAAAAAAUUAAAAUUACAGACCGCUGGCUUUGUAUCUGUUUCGCUUUCCAUCGUUCCACGAACGAUGGAAAGAUUGCCUUUGAAGUCCGUUUUUUAUGUUGAAAAGAUUGCUAGAAAAUGUUAUAGUCGCUUUUGACGCUGCUUUUAAUCCAGCCAUGUGCAGACGCAUGGAGAGGGACAAAGAAACCAGGAUCCGGAAUUUAAUUGCGUGCUCUUGCAAAUAACUGGGGCGCGGUUUCGUUCCCGCAGCCGCUGCCGCCCUCUGGGAGCCGCGGCGGUGCCGCAGCAGCGUCCGGGUGAGUCUUGUGCUCCAGAGCCCCCGAAGCUGCGCCUGGCCGCGGCUUUGCGCGGGGUGUGCGGCUCUGGAGCUGCUGGGGCCGGCCGGCAUUUCUGCGGCACGGCUCCUUUCCGGAGCUGGGGGCUCCGCUCGCCUUCCCUCGUGGGCUCGGGCCGCGGCUUCUCGGCGGAGCCGGCGGCUCUGCUGGGGCGGGGGGUGCGGGUGCUUUGUGCCUUUCUAGCCUUGUUCUGCCUUCGUUUUCUCUCCCUACUGUGUGCAGUUUUAGGGUUUGGUUUUUACUGCCUUUUCCCCUCCUCUUUUUCCCCGCGUGUUUGGUGGUGCAGCAGCCCCGGGAGGGCUGUGCCGGGCUCGGUUCGGGCUCGGUUCUGGCUCGGUGCCGUGGCGGCUCCGCACGGCUUCCACCGCCACCCGCUCGUUCCAAAUGUGGGGAUCUAACCCCUAUAAAUAUAGAUGCCAUAUAGCAAAAGUUUCUUUUUCCCUUCCCCGCGCGGCGGCAUUCCCUCCUCUCCCCCCGUUCUCGGGGGUCUCCCGUUUUCCCUGCGGGGUCCCGGAGCUGCCGCCGCCGUCUGCUGCCCGACUGCUGAGCCACCUCUCUUUACCAGAGCCCACAGGCGGCUGUGUCUUCAAAUCCUUUCUAGCAGAAACAAAAUAAAACAGAACAGAACAAAACAAAAAGAAGUGGAAAGGGUGAUUUUUAAAUUGUUUUACUGGAGGAAUUCAAAACUAUCUGUGUGUACUGUGGCACAGUUAUAAUGGUAUUGGCUUUUACUAUAAUAAAUAGAAAUUUAUGUACCAAACAAUAUUUACAGGCAGAUAAUGUUUCUGCCCCCUUAAUUCGGGGGUCCCUCUCUUCACGAAUGUUUUCAAUUAAACGCCAGUAGAACAACAGUUAAUAUUUAAGCCAAGGCCGAAAAUCCUUUUUGCCAUAAAACAUGUGCCAACAUUUUGAUUGUGUAUACCUCUUUCGUAAUUUAAGAAUGAUUAAAGCCAUACUUUGGAAAAUCCUAAUAAGAGCUAUACUUAAUAAUUGCAAUUACCAUGAUCUACGCUCAAAUCCAAGUUGUGUUGAAUCACAACAUACUUCUCACAUCCUUUUUAAUCCCUCCAGUAAAAUCAUCCUGUUCACAGAUCAUUCGACCAUUUUAGUGCCUUUUCUAUUAACAGCAUUAGAGUAAAUUACAUCUAGAACUUGUACAACAUGUUGGUUUCUAUUCCUGUUAAGGGCCAAUAUUGUAAUGCCCACUUACGUUCUGUUAAGACUAAGGCUAAGUUCUAUUAAGUCAAUUCUGUUCAAUUUAAUUUCUGUUAAGUUGUAGUAUCAC